UUUUUGUUUUUGCAUGCAGAAGGACACUGUGCUGUUAGUGACCCUGGCUUGUCAGAACAGUGCUGCAGAGAGUUACACCGUGCAAAUUAUUGUGACCAUUAUCAACAUGAACGAUAACAGCCCGGUGUUUAAGGAAACCAGUCUCACCAGAGUCGUACCUGAGGACACAAAAGUGAAUGCAACCAUUGUAGCCCGUGAAGAUGUAAGUGCUACCGAUGCUGACCUGGACAUCAUCUAUUAUAAACUCAGUGCAGCGGUGCAGAACACCAGUGAUUAUUUUGCCAUAAAAGGAGUUAAUAACCCUGAAAUCUAUUUACAAAAAGCGUUGAAUUAUGAGAAGUUUAACUCCACUACACUGCUCUUGUAUGCAAUGGACAAUACUGAGGGUGUGAAUGUAACCAUUCACACGGCCACCGCAACGAUAAGCAUAAUUAUUGAGCAAGCUGAUACCAGGCCUCCCUGGUUCCUACCCUGCACCUUCAUUGACACGGACAGAAGCAUUUGCAUCAGCAGCCCCUAUAUUGGGAGAGUCAAUAUGUCGGAGAUGUCGACUGAACCGCUCACCCUGGAGCCAGGACCCAUCUAUGCCAUUGAUCCUGACUACAUUUUAAAUGAAAAAAUUGUGUACAGUAUUGUUGGUGGGAACGAGGAUAACAUUUUCUCAGUGGAUGCAGACACAGGAAAUCUAACUAUGAACAAAGUAGCAGCUUCUCCAAAUUCAUACCUAUUGCAGGUGAUGGCCACUCAAGUCAACAACAAACAGAAGUACUCCAUAGCCAAUGUAGAAAUUAAGGUCAUCAAUAAAAGUAACCACGCACCGUACUUUGAGUCCCAAAUCUACUCAGGGACAGUGGUUGCUGGUCUGGACCCGAGAAGCUUUGUCUUCCAAGCUGGUGAUUCUUCAAGCCCCCUGAUGAUAGCGGCACUGGACGAUGAUUUCCCUGAUAAAGUCAACCCAAACAUUGAGUACCGCAUAAAGAACAACACCAACUUCAUGGCAACCAAAGAUGGACUCAUCCUGACGAAUGUGGUGCUGCAGUCACCGGGGACUGCAAUCAUGGAGGCUGUUGCAAAAGAUACAGUGAGUCUACAGGAGGCGAGCACUGUAGUCACAGUGGAGAUCACCGCUGCCAAAGCUGAAGUCUCCUCCUCUGAUAAGAUCUACACUGCACAGGAUAUGGGUAUCUUAGGUGGUAUCUUAGCUGCAUUGCUAUUAAUUGCCUUAGUCUUCCUUGGACUGAUGUUAUAUAAACAUUAUGGACAGACAGUCAAGUUCCUGAUUAAUAAAAAAUUCUCCAAGGAGUUCCCUGGAAGCUACGACAACCAAGUUUACAAGCAAGACGAACAUCCAGAUCUGAGCGAAGAAGAGCAUGAACGCCCAGAAUGUGUCACUGUAACCAAGAUACAGGAGCCAUCACUUUUCUCGACAUUUUCUAAUGAACGAGAAAUCGAUGGACUCCCGAAGACUUCACCAGCUUCCACCAUCAUUUCUGACCAGAAAGUGGAAGAAGAAGAGGAAGAAGAAGAGGAAAAGGUCGAAGAAGAUACUAAGCAUGAGAAGGAAGUGAAAUCUAUCCUCAAAACAGACAGGAAUGAGGGGGACCCAGGAUACAAAGCUGUAUGGUUUAAGACAGAUGUGGAUCCAAGUGGAGAGAACGUUCAAGUGAUUAAUGACAGUGCAGCAGAUUAUGAUGAUGACAGUGAUCAAGAUCUGCAGGAGAAUGAGAAGGAGGAAGAAGAUUACAAGCAUGGUCCAGGAAUGUCCCUUGCCUCAGACAGCUCAUCAUUCCAAGCUGCGGAAGUGGCAAUCAACAUGUCUCCCAGAGAUGACAGCAAUGCAUAAUGGAAACAGGUCUGCACUUCCUCCCUCACCCAAAUGGGGAAAUGUCUACUGCUUUGGUGAGGUGGAGCCCACCUUUCUGCUCAGGGUAGAACUGAAAUGCAGGAGGACAAAGUUGACUGUCCUGCAUGCAGAGAUUAAAGCCAGAAGAGAUUAUAACUAACGGACUUUGAAGCAGUUAGCUCAACUCAUGGUAGCAAUUUAAUUGAAUGAUCCAGUGCUUUCAUCUCCUCUUGGUGGGUAAAUGAGCCAGCACUGGCUGCCCGGCUGUUCCCUUUAGGUGUUGCACGCUGAUGUCAGCUGCAGGGUGUCAGCCAGUGCAAGUCACUCUGACCCUGCUGUUGCUCCCAUGACUGCAUUCAGGAGCUCACUUCAGCACUAGGCUCUGCACUCCAGCAGGAGCAGCCACCAUGAUACCUGAGGGGACUAGGGGCAGCAGAAGUGUCACUGCAGGUCCCCCUCCUGCCAGAAAAUGAAUGUUCAGAUGAUUGGAAGAUGCUGUCUCCUCUGCUGCUGAUAGCCAAGGACUUUGUCAGUUAUUUUUCUGUGUCGCAAAACCAUCAGUUGUGCUGUCCUUCCUUGGCUGUAUCCGAUGUGUCAAGGCAAAGAACUCCUGCCAUAACCUGCCUACAAAAUGUCAGAGGUAUUUCUAUCUCUCUCGGCAGCAAUGGUUGUCAUUCCAGAGUGCUAGAUGUGGAUCAACACCUUGAGUCCAACGGGACUCAAGGUGUUC